CUCUCACAGUUUGCUCCUCUUCCUCCCCUCUGGCAGGCCUGGGUCCUGUAAGGAGAUGAAGCUACCUAGCAGGGUAGGGAAGGCCCCUUCCCCAUCUGACUUUCUGGAUAAACUCAUGGGAAGGACAUCUGGGUAUGACGCCCGCAUUAGACCCAACUUCAAAGGUCCUCCUGUGAAUGUCACCAUCAACCUGUUCAUCAACAGCUUUGGGUCCAUCACAGAAACCACUAUGGACUAUCGGCUCAAUGUAUUUCUACGGCAACAAUGGAAUGACCCACGACUAGCCUAUAAGGAGUACCCUGAUGACUCUCUGGACCUGGAUCCUUCCAUGUUGGACUCCAUCUGGAAACCUGACCUUUUCUUUGCCAAUGAAAAAGGGGCAAACUUUCACGAAGUCACCACAGACAACAAACUGCUGCGGAUAUUCCAAAAUGGGAAUGUCCUCUACAGUAUCAGGUUAACUCUGGUCCUGUCCUGCCCUAUGGAUCUGAUGAACUUCCCUAUGGACAUUCAGACAUGCUCUAUGCAGCUGGAAAGCUUUGGCUACACCAUGAAUGACCUGUGUUUCCAGUGGCUGGACAUUGGCCCUGUGCAGGUGGCUGAUGACCUAAUGCUUCCUCAGUUUGUGUUGAAAGAGGAGAAAGACUUGGGCUACUGCACCAAACACUACAACACAGGUAAAUUCGCCUGCAUCGAGGUAAAGUUCCACCUGGAGAGACAGAUGGGUUACUACCUGAUCCAGAUGUACAUCCCCAGCCUGCUAACCGUCAUCCUCUCCUGGGUCUCCUUCUGGAUCAACAUGGAUGCUGCCCCAGCUAGAGUGGGCCUUGGUAUCACCACAGUGCUCACCAUGACAACACAAAGCUCUGGGUCCAGGGCAUCCUUGCCUAAGGUAUCUUAUGUGAAGGCCAUUGAUAUCUGGAUGGCUGUGUGUCUUCUUUUUGUGUUUGCUGCACUGCUGGAGUAUGCCGCAGUAAACUUUGUCUCACGACAGCACAAAGAGUUCUUCAGACUGAGGAAAAAGAUCAAAGAACAACAGCGGCAGAGAACUCAGGGAAGUGGAAGUGGUGAGAGCAGCAAAGUGAAAGGUAACAGCGUGCCAGGCAACAACACCUGCCAGGGGACCUCGUCUGGCCCUCAGCAGUGCAGUGUCUGUGCCAGGGAGCAGGAACUGGCAGAGCAGAGUCAGGCCUAUUUCCUCCAUAGUUAUGGAGUAGCAGAAGAUGCACCACCAGAGAUGGAUGCCCCAAUCUUUCAGGCCUUACCUCCUGGGUCUCCACUGUAUGACAUCCGCAGGCAGUUUGUAGAUCGGGCAAAAAGGAUUGACACUAUAUCCAGGGCUGUGUUCCCUCUGAGUUUCCUCUGCUUCAAUGUUUUCUAUUGGCUCACCUACAAAGUGCUGCGGAAUGAAGCCAUCCGAGCUACUCUGUGACAAACCAACAUCUGAGGAAUGGAUUAUAGCACUAGAAACCAAUACCGAGUUGAAUCUAGUCUUCCACAGAACACUUUGAGACAAUGUUAGAAAUCCAUCAGCUGUGCCAAUGGAUAAAGAACUGACUGCAUGUCCAUUCAUUUUUUUAUGAAAAUAAGCAAACUUUGUCUCUUCGAAGUUUCAUCCUUAAGUUUUUUUUACAAUUCCAAUGGAACGCACUAAUGGCAUAAUAGGCCUUCUUGCACUAUGGAUACUUUUAAUGUCACCCCCAUGGAGGGCACAAGUCCAGAUACUGAAGCAGGACUGCAUGGAAAAAUAUAUAUUUUUUGGUAUUUCAGAAUUGUAUUUAUUUUGUACUCUUGUGGAUUGCCACAUUACCGAAUUGGCAAAUCAUAAACCCCUACAAAUAUAUUGAUUUCAACAUAUGGUACACUUUGUGAUUGUACAUUAUUGGUACAGAAGUGAAUGCUAGACAUAUUGAAUUGUCUAGUUAGGCAAUGUCCUUGAUUAUCAUACUGUGUCAAGUAUUGACUUUGUCAUCCUCAAUUAAAACAAAUCAA